ACUCACACCACCGCCAAGUCGGCAAACCGGCCUGGUUCCUAAGCGACAACAUGAAAUCCAAUUUUGGAUUUCUUCGAUAACGAGGGAGAAACAUGAACAACAGUAAUAACAUUGCGGGAUACUCUCAAUUUAGAUGUCCUAACUAAAGGUACGUUUCUUAGUGAAAUGGAAAGGGGAAUCAUAAAAUCCCAGGUUCGCCAUGCCUCCCGAGACCCCCCCUGUUUUCCAGGCUGUCUUCACCUGUGGCUCAAGCCAUGGGAGUGGGAGAUUUUGGAUAUCUGAAAAUGAAAGUACUGUAUCAACGCAAAAGCCGCCUUCCCUCCUCAGACCACCACAGUCCAAGCCUCGCUCUUGAUAUUUAGAUCUUCAGUUCUUCUUGGUCUCAGCGCCAGCCGCCUCGCCGCUCUUGGACUCGACGAGACUAUCCGCCAUGGCCUCGGCAGCAGCCUUCUUGAGCCUCUCGCUGUCCUCUGAGCUGGCGCCGGCGUCCUUGGCAGUAGUAUCCUUGCUGGUGGACGCGGCCUUCUCCUUUGCCUCCCGCUCAUCUUCGCUGUCGCCUAGGCUGAAGGGGUCGUUGUCGCUGAUGGGGUUCGGGUCGACCGUCGAUAGGGGCUGCCACUUGCUGGCCUUGGCCUUUGCACCUGACAGGUCCUCGGCGGAGCGUCUGGGCGACGA